CCCACUGCACACAUUAUUCCACCAAAACAAGUGUGCAAUUCUCUAUCACAUCGUACCAAAAUCGAACUAGAAUUUCACUUUCCUAUAUUUUAUAUGAAUUAUGAAAGGUAUUCUCGGAGGAUCUAUUUUCUGACCGAUACCGCACAGGUCAAUUUGAUGAUCUGAAAAUGUACGGUGAUGUUGUCCAGGAUGUGAUUUGGAAUCGAUGUGAUGUGAUAUGCCUGGAGCUAGCUCCUCAGAUCGGGCCUUUUUUGUGAGUUGCACGAUGCCCUCUACGUUCGUUGAUGGUCGCCAAACUGCACUGGAGCAGGAAAACCAUCGGCAUCGCCUGAAAUUUGAUUGAAUACAUUCUAAUUUAUUUGAAAAUGCCGUUGUGUGCUGCACACAGAUGUAAAAAUCGAGCAGGUAAAGCUUCAAAGAAAACAUUUCAUAGAUUUCCUGUGCGGCGUCCUGAUGUACUGAAGGAAUGGCUAAAGAGAAUAGGCAAAGGAAAAGAUUGGAUCCCGUCAUCGAAGGCUGUUCUCUGCUCAGCUCACUUCCAUGAAAGGUGUUUUGAUCGUACAGGGCAAAUCACAAGAUUACGUCAUAAUGCGAUACCCACCAUCUUCGCUUUCACUAUUUCCGAGGAUGGAGAAGUGACAGAUACUCCCAAGUCUGGGACUAUCUCAUACCUGGCUAAAGCUUCAGAGAUCGCUGAGCUUCCCGCAAAUCAUAUGUUCUUACAUGGUGACGACGGAGGAGACUUUCAAAGGAACAGACCCCAAACGGCAAUUUCCAGGCCUACAGGGUCCUUGGGUACCAUUAGUACUAUGCAUACCGCUUCUUUACCCAGCCGCGCCAUGCCUACGACUGUCACGCCUACCAGUGACGAUGGAGCAGACUUUGCAAGCAGCAGACCUUCAUGGUCCGUGGGUACCGCUAGUACUAUACAUGCCGAUUUUUUACCCAGCAGCGCCAGUUUAUUUGACGGCACGCCUACCAGUGCUUCUCCAUCAUCACAGUCAAAGAACAUUAAGGAAAAUAUAUUCACACAUGACCACACAUACAGUGUAAGCUUCAACUCCACGAACGUGAAGGAAAAAAUGGACGUCAUCCACAGUCAGCUGACUCAGAUGACGAAGAAAAUGAAGCAGAUACAGAUGAGCAACAACAGGCUUGCAAUCAAAGAGAAGUCUUUGAUGUCUGAGAUCAAGAAACUGAAAUCCGCCCAGGAAGUUAAUCUGAAGCGGAUUGAACAGCUCACUGAUAGCUUACAUUAUGGUCUUUGAGAUAUUUUGUUUGUCCAAACGAAGACUCUAGGGUCCUGUCUUACAAAGAGUUGCGAUUGAUCCGAUCAACCACACUUAUGGACUGCAACGUCAACAUCUAAAAUGCACAUUCGUUCAAAAUAUUUCCUGGAUAUGAUGUAUUUUCAUUCAUUGUUCUCUUGAAAAUUCUGUGUGAUUAUCUUCUUUUUUUUUUACUGAGGAGAUUGUGCAAAUUUCCUGUAGAAAAAUUAUGGUGUGGAUGGAUUUUCCAUAAUUGAGAUUGAUUGGAUCAAUCAAAACUUUGUAAGACGGGCCCUGAUAUUAGAGAUACAUGUAUAUGCCAUAGGUUCUACAAAGUGAAUAUAAUGUCCUCAGGAGUCAGGAUUUUAUUGUAUGAUGCUACUUCUGUUGAAACUCAAGAAAAAUCAUUCACUUGUACAUGACUUAUUUCAACCAGAUUGCAGUCCGAGUAAUGCCUUAAGUUUGAUGUCACUGAUGUAUUAAGGGUAAUAACUAUCACUGAUGGUCUUGCAUGAGUGUCACAUGAUAAAGGUCAUUCAGGGUCAAUGAUAUUCAUAUUUUAUUAUCAUAUGAAUGGUAUUUUUUGUGAAUAAUUAUUCAAUAGUUUUGCUGUAUUGAAUUGCGUAAUGCAGGCCAGACUGUUACGCGAUUCAAUACAAACAGCAGUACUGACUUUGAAAAAACUUUUAAGUGAUCAUACCCAAUUGCCACCAAUAUCAAUAAAAUUCUUUAUUUUAUUUCCAUACAAACAUAAUACAAAGUAAUAAUAAAUCAGAUACACAUUGUUAUUAAUAAUUAUAUAAUAGUCAGAUAUCAAUUGCUUUUCAUCCUAAAUCGCCAUCAAUAACAUCAAUUGUUAUUUCCGUCAGGGGUUCAAAUUGUCAUGAAUAGUAGGAAAUAUUUUCUAAACAUUCCCAUCAAUGGUACGCAUUGCAAUGUAGCAGCAUUUAGAGGUUUACCCCAACAAAAAGUAGAUUUAAAUAAGAAAAAAAUCAAACAUUUCAAGCAUAGUGCUGGAAAUUCCAUCAAAAUUUGAUGUUAAAGUUUUGACUGUUAAGUUUCGCUUUAUUUCACAAAAGAUAUUUUCUUGUCAGUAUGAAAAUGAUAGAACAGAAGAUAUCAGUGCACUCACGUUUGUUACACAUAUUUUAUUUUUUGAAAUAUUAAAUCAUUUUUUCUCAUUUAAUGGGAAACAAAGUUUGACUUCUCCCUGAACAUGUGAAAUUACCAUUAUUAUUGUGAUCUGUAUAUUACCUCUGUUGUGCAUACAACUGUUUUGUGAAAAAUAUAGGGAAAUUCAGAAUGAAACUUAUUUUACAUCAGAUUUUGCUGAUAUUUUUAAUAUUAUGCUUGUUUAAAUUUUCCUCUUUUUGUUCAAUUAAACUUUUUUGGGGGGUUGGACUUGCCCUUUAAAUUAAUUUACUAUGUGAUUGAAAUAAUUAUGCAAUUUGGAAUGCUAUAGUACAUUAUAUCCCUUACUGAAAAUUUGUUGCUAUUUGAUUGGUCAAGAGCCUUUCACGUGACUAAUCAUAAUUUCACCAGAAAAAUGAAAUUCAUUGAGAUUAAAAUAGUUUGUGACAUCAGAGGAGAAUUGUUUUUUAACUGUUUUGCGUCCGACUAAAAACCAUGCAAUCACUUGUACAAAACACACAACGGGCUACCUCCACCGGGCAAGUCUAGUGAUGCAAUGGCGCAGACGUUUUGUCAGGCUCCGCUGAGCACAGUGCAAUCAGCAGAUAAAAGUGCAAUGCUAGUUGAAUCACAAACCUUCCGAUAACUAAAUGUCAAUGUGAAAUCGCAUCUUGCUUGUUUAUAAUUAAUCUUGUUUGCUGAAAAUGAAAUAGCCAUCAUUCGAUCAUCGAAAGGUUCGACUGAUUGAUUUUAGUUUAGCAGGGUUAGUUCACAACGAUCACAACCGCCGCGCAACACCAAACCACCCAAAGUGUUGCUUUGGGGUCGGCGCCGGCAGGUACAUGUAGCUGCCGCGCGCAUGUCUACCGAAGAACCGGCUAGCUUGGAUGAUGAACCAAUCGCACAUAAAUUUGAGCUAAGCCAAUCUAGAUUUUGUCCAGAUCAUGGAGGUGGGUCAAUAAGGAAUAAGUUACAAAUAUUUUUUGUUCAAACUUUUAUAUGGAAGGGAUAUCAAACAAAAUACUGGGCAUUUCUUUUGAAAGUAUGGUGGAAGUAUUCAUCCUCACUUGGCCCGGCAACAUUUAUAUUUUCCCCUGAGGCUCGGGGAAAUAUAGUAAUUGCCAAACCAACCUGAGAUAGAAUAUUUCCACUAUACUUUCUCAAACUCGGUAUAUUUGUAUAAUAUAUCACAGUGUUUACACUGUAGAUCAGUAAGUAGUCAUUUAUUGCAGAAUGAACAAAAGACCACAACAAAUGCUGAUAUGUUGCAGUCAACAAUAUAGCCAUUUAUUUUCAUCAAGAUUGCUUAACCAUAUUUCAGCAUAUCAAAUAAUUCAAAAGCAUCACAGCUUAUUAGUACUCAGCAUAAUAUAUUUUAUUGCCAUGUGAAAUAUAAAUAUGGUAUGUAACUACAUGUAUCUAUGUAUCUAUAAAAGUAAAUUGUGACUGGAAAUGAUUAAUACACAUCAUUCUUUGGCUUUUUCCAAGGCGUUUAGAGCAAGUGGCAUUACAAAAAUAAAAUGUUUACAUUCCUUAUUUAAGAGAUGGAUAAAUAAGUGGAACAGAUUUAUUUGUGCUUACGUAUGCUUCAGUGUGCACCAUGUACAUUGAAUAUUUGCUACAUUAUGUACAUUAAUUCUUACAGUAAGUUGGUUACAUAAUGUGUGCUAAAUGAAUACUUCAAAGUUUUGUAACAGUAUUUCAUAGACGCCCAUACAUUCAAAUCAAUAUUAUAUAUAUCAUUUUCAAACAUGUA